AACAGGUGAAUGUUUUUCCCCUGCUUUCAUCCGGAUUUCAUUUUUAUUAUAUUAUUAUGUUUUUCCCCUGGUUUUUGAUAUAGACUCUCUUUCACGGCAUAACGUUAAUAUUAACGAGUUUUUUUUCCACUUGUUUGCGAGGGUUUAAGUAUUAAUAUUAUUUUUGUGUCGCCAGGGCUUAAGUAGAUUUUGCGUUGCCUGGUAGGGUUUUAAGUGCAUUUUGCAUUAUUUUUGUAGGGGUUGUGUUGAAGCUAGGGUUUAAAAAAGGAGCUUUCUGCAUGGCGAGAUCAGGGCGGCCUAGACCUGCAACUCCUUCGGGCUCAAUAUCACGGUCUUCUUCGUAUACUUCUUCUUCUUCAGCCUCGGGCUCACGCUCACGCUCUCGGUCCCGUUCGGCAUCGUUUUCUUCGUCGUCUGUGUCUCGCAGUGAUAGUUCCCGGAGCCGCAGCCCACCCCCACCCGAGAAAAGGUCAACAUCAUCAGCAAGGAGAGACCGGACACCACCAGUGCCACCUAAAAAGGCAUCGCCAGUCAGGAAAUCUCCACCACCCCCUGAGUCAGUAGUUCUUCAUGUUGCAAAUUUGACCCGAAAUGUGAAUGAAGGUCAUCUGAAGGAAAUUUUCUGUAACUUUGGCGAUGUAGUAAAUGUGGAACUGUCAAUGGAUCGAAGUGUUCAGCUGCCCAAGGGAUAUGGAUAUGUUGAGUUUAAAGCAAGAGCUGAUGCAGAAAAGGCUUUGUUGUACAUGGACGGAGGACAGAUUGAUGGUAAUGUUGUUAGUGCACGUUUUACACUUCCUCAACGUACAAAAGCAUCCACACCCCCAAAGGCUGUUGCAACAGCCCCUCCUAAAAGAGAACAUGGAACAAGGGAGCCUGUUGGUCCUGGUGUAGAAAAGGAUGAUUUAGUGCAUCAGAGAGAAGCUUCUCCACUACGAAGAAAAGCAUCCCCACCACACAGACGAUCUCCAAUAGUGCGCCGUGUUGAAUCUCCCCCUCGUCGUCGUGCUGAAUCUCCUCCUCGCCGUCGUGUUGAGUCACCACCUCGUCGUCGAGGAGAGUCGCCUUUGCGGCGUCGGGUUGAUUCACCACUUCGAAGACGGAGGGAUUCUCCUCCUCGGCGAAGGGAUUCUCCACCUCGGCGAAGAGAUUCUCCUCCUCGGCGUCGUCCGUCCUCUCCACCUCGCAGGCGUUCUCGAUCACCAAUUAGAAUAUCUCCUAGGAGGGUUAGAGGAAGCCCAGUUAGCCGCAAGCGUUCACCAAUUUCUCGACGACGCUCACCUCCACCCAGACGUGGUCGUACUCCUCCACGUAGGUCUCCUCCUCAUCGUCGCAGUCGGUCUCCUGUUCGUAGGCCUAUACGAUCUCAAUCAAGAUCAUUGUCUCCACCUCACAGGGUGCGAGGGCCCACUCGAAGACGAGGAAGGUCUGAUUCUUCAUCAUCGGAGUCCCCGAGCCCAAGAAAGCGUUCACCUCGUGGAAGCAGGAAAGCUUCAAGAAGUCGAAGUCCUAAAAGGCUUGCAAGAGGAAGAAGUGUUAGUAAUACUAGUAGCAGUAGCUCCCCCUCUCCAUCUAAAAAUUAGCCAAUAUUUAAUCAAAUUGAGGUUCCCUGAUUUGGAUGGGGACUCAGCUGCUAGCAUAGAGCAAUGGGUAGGCUUGACAUCU